CACCGUCAGGCCAAGGAACCACAAUGUGGGAAUAGACCACAGAACGAACCGGGACUGCAGUGAGUGCACCGCAACUCGGACGGUCAUGCCUGCAUGUCGCAAAGCCAAUUCCUUGCUGUGCUCGUCUUCCUUCUUGGAAUCCUGCCCAGUUCUUCUGUCACAUUCCCGUCAGCCUGACUCUUCGUACCUGGCCGCCCAGCCUGUUCCUGUGAGCCGUGAGCACCGAAGCUGUUGAAUGCUGUAGCCGAUGAACAUGUUCUGUGCCUGAGAGCAUGCGAGCGAACUGUUCCGAAGACGAACAUUGACCACUACAUCGGCUACACACCGACACCACCUUACGACCUGACUGAACAUUGACCUUUCCAGACGCGGCCGUGGCCCAUGAAUGAACCUUAACUUGACCAACAUGUCCUCCUCCCCCGCGUCUCCCACCCGCACUACUACCGCGUCUCCUCCCCAUCAUCCUCUUACUACCCGGCUCUCACUUUCUAGCUCUUCUUCCCCCUCGACUUACCCAGAGCAACCCCACUUCUCUCGUCCAGCCUCACAGCAGCAGCCGGCAGCACGGCGCAUAAGUCGCGACCUUUGCACUCAACGCCAGGGUUCCCGACGACUCACUGAAGGGCAGAAUCUCACUUCAUCGCCGGUGAAGCUAAUACGCUUUAUCGCCUUUCUCGCAGCAUCAAAGGAGGGUCAUUUUUGGCAGAUCGGGGAUACGAAGGGACACCGACGGGAGGACGCUUCAACCGGGACGAGGGCUCCUCGCCCGACUAACCCCGCCAUGGCGCCCGACGCAAACAGCAACUUGAACGGAGUCACAUCCCAGUCCCGGACCAAGGACCAGGACCAGGACCAGCAGAAGCAGCUCAAGAAGUGGAAAAAGAUCUGGCUCAAAGGUCUGUCUGUUCGUAUCCGGGCUCGCAAGGACUCGCCGCGAGCAGCAGCAGCAACAACAUCGGCAGUACCACCACCACCAUCAACCGGAGGAGAGACAGACCACAGCGUUGAGAGAGGCACCCAGACCGCGACACGCAACCACACCCACAACCACAGCCAACAUGUUCGCAGCAGCCAGAGUCGCACGCUACGGCAUUCAGAAACGCUUGCGCACCCAAGCGAGUCAGACGCCGUAACGGACUCCGGCCUCUCGUCGACCGUUGCCACCUCCGCCUCACACUCGCCCGCAACAUCAACCACCGCUCAGACCACCACCGUCCCCUCGAGCUCAUCGUCAUCCUCGUCCACUUCUCUCAGCGUGAGCGUCGGUGCUUCCAUCGGAAACUUCCCGUCAUCCUCCGCGCCGUGUCCCACUUGCGGACAGCGCCGCCAUGUCGAACUCCACCGGCCUCCGACGCCGGUCAAGCCCGAGGAUCGGUUCCAGUUCCGGUCCGGGGUCCCGUAUGGUCCUUGGACAAUCACACAUCCUCCACCGUCGACAGCUGCACCAUCGCAGAUUUCCUUUGAGCUUCCCGUCUCCCAGCAGCAGCAGCAAGUGGCCCCCUGCUGCGCUGCCGAGACCCCUGGUCCGCUCACUGCAUUCCACCCCUUCGCCCGCCUACCACCAGAGCUUCGGUCCAAGAUCCUGCGGUUCUAUCUCGAACGCCCGCGCAUCGUAGAAAUCCGAUGCAUGAACGACUUGAAAAAGAUCCAUUUCGCACCAAACGCGCUCGGAAAUCUUGCCUCCAACAUCGCCUGGAGCGCAGACAACACUCUCCCGGCCCUGAUGUGGGUGAACAGGGAAUGCCGCGCCGAGACACGCGCAUUCUACCGCGUUCAGCUACCGAUGCACCCGACCAACAAGAUCGCCUGGCCCGUCAUCAUCAACCCGGAUUUCGACACCGUCAUAUUCACGUUCCCCUGGAGCAGCGAGAUUCCCCUUGACAUCUUCCUGAGCGACUGCCUCGCAUUCGACCCGCUCGGCGUAGGGAUCCGCCAUUUCGGCACCCGCGACAGGGGCGGACCCGAGACGUGGGACCUAACGCCCGUACCUGGAUGCGCGCCGCUCGCAGAGAGCUUGGCGAAUUUGGAGUCCUACACGGAAGCGAUCCAGCUGAUGGACGAUCGCGCGGCGGCCCGGUUCCCGGUGUGGAUGAUUCACGAGGGCUAUCUUACCAGCGGCAUCCCGGCCAAGAACGCAUUCUACCGCGACGUUCCGCGGCUGCUUCUUAGUAACGACUACGAGCCUCCCGAUGCGAUUAACCAGCGCACGGCGCUGGAGGCUUUGCGGACGCAGCUUGGAGAGUACCUGCCCAAGAACGUUGCUGAGAAUCUGGUAAUGCAGAGGAUGUUUUACCGCAAGUAUUUCCGGCACUUGAGGAUGAAGUGUACGAAAACCGAUCUUGCUGGGCUGGGAAUGGUGAGACAGAUUCCUGGCUGUGAGACGGAGGAGUUCUUUCUGAGUAACGGCCGGGAAGUUGCGGGGCCGCGGAAGAAGAUGAGGUCGGUGCUUGAUGUGAGACCUAGCAGCAGCUGGCAUCUUUGGGAUGAUGACUGACUUGACGAGUUGUGAGCGAGAGUCUGGAGAUUGUCUCUUUUACAGAGGAGUGUUGAAGUGGAACGAGAGCUGUAUCAAAAGUACCGUGCAACGGUAAGAUGCGACAAAAGGACGGUUGUCUAAAUGCCAGAAGAGAUGAGUUUAGAGAUUCGAAAACAUUUAUCGCAAUAUAUUUGUGUUCCUUCACCAAGCAAAAGAGAAAUGAAGAUGCCGAAUCGGCCAAUUGGGUAUGAAA